ACACGUAUUGAUGAACUGUAAGACAAAUGAACCUGAAAGGGAGAAAUUGAGAAGAAUGGUUGGAAGGACAAGUUAAUAAUGGAGUCUUAAGGGAAUAUUGGGAAAUGAAGGAAACAUAAUGGAUAUUUACAGAUUAAGGAAAGCAUUUUUUAUUUAUCUUCAGAAUACAAAAUUAAAAAAUAGAAUUUGAUGGAUGUAAAGUAAUGUUGCUACACACUCGUGUACAGUAGGUGGCGGUAUGCACCUUAAAGUUGCUUGCGAUCCGCCAUAAUAGGAAAGAAGAAGAAAGGAGCAGCUGACGCCACAGCGCCCUCUCCUGGCAGCCUGCAGUAACAGCAGACGUUGUGGAUCCUGAUGAACAGAAUCUGGAAACAUGGAGGAAUUUUCUUCUUCUGCAUCGACUGAAUGAACUCUGGACUUCCUGUUCUGGAAUCUGAAUCCUCUGGUCACCAGGGCAACGUGACAUCAUGGCGUCUGCAGAACCUGGUGCUGAUGUCAGACCUCUGCAUCGCAGCGGCAGCUUUGAAUUCCUACCACCAGCCUUUUCAGAGCUUCGGGUUGUUCUGCUGGGGAACAGCUGGACAGAGAGGAGAGCAGUGGGGAACUUGAUACUGGCAGACAACCAGUUAAUCACUGAGAAAGAACCGGACCAGUGUGAGAAAUUCAGUAGCGAGUUUCAGGACAAAUCAGUAACCAUCAUCAACACCCCAGACCUCCUGCGUACCGACCUGUCUGAAGACGACCUCAGUGAUCAGGUGGAAAUCUGUGUGAGCCUCUCUGAUCCUGGACCUCAUGUGUUCCUGCUGGUUCUGCAGCCUGAAAGCUUCACUGAAGAACAGAAAUGGAAACUCUGCAGGUUCCUGACAAGACUUAGUGAUCGAUCAUUUGAUCAUUCAAUGCUUCUGAUUUCCACACCCAGAGAGGAGAGAGAUGAUGAUUCACCUGAUCUACUCUUAAAGGAGAUGGUUGUUAAAUGUCAGUACAGACACUUGCAGCUGAAGAACCUGAAACAUCCUGAGCUGUUAACACGUUUAGGUCAAAUUGUGAAAGAAAACAACGGAUACCUGAGCUGUGCACAAAACAUAACUGAAGUAGAUGUCAGAAAGGAGGAAGUCAGUACAAUUUUCACACCCACAACAGAUAAAGAUGGAUUCAGGAUUGUGAUGUUUGGAAAAAAUGAGGACAGGAAGAAAUCCCUCUGCAACACCAUCUUGAAUAAAAAAAACAGAUUUUCCAAACUUAACCCUUCCAAGCACAGUGAGGUGGCUUGUGGAGAAUGGAGAGAAAAACCAGUGAAGAUUAUAAAAGUUCCUGACAUCUUCAGUCUCUCAGUGGAGGCUUUAAAAGAAGAAAUGCAGAGUUGUGUGACACUUUGCCUUCCUGGACCAAAUGUUCUGCUGCUGUUAGUGAAACCUUCAGAUUUCACUGAGAAGAAUCGAAAAACACUUCAGCUUGUCUUGAACUGGUUUCAUCAAGAUCCUUUCAAACACACCAUAGUUGUCUUAACACAUUUCGAAGAAAUGAAGCCUGCUGUUAAAAACCUUCUGGAAGAAUGUGGUGGAAGACACUACAAUAUGUUUAAAGAAGAUCAUAAAGUAUUAAUGCAGAAAAUCCAAAACAUUGUGGAUAGAAAUAGAGAAACAUUCCUCACAUUCUCAGAAGACUCCAGCAAAUCCCAACCUAAAGAGAUGAAAACUCAUCUGAACCUGGUUCUGUUUGGUCCAAGUGAACCACUGAAGACGGCAGCAGCCAAGGUCAUUCUAGGUCACAAGGAUCUUCCUUCAGAGUGUGUUAGAAAGCAGGGAGAGGUGUUUGGACGUGGGGUUUCUCUGGUGGAGCUGCCUGCGCUGUAUGGAAAAGCUGAGCAGGAAGUGAUGGAGGAAUCCUUCAGGUGUGUCUCCCUCUGUGAUCCUGAGGGUGUCCACGCCUUCAUCCUGGUCCUACCUGUGGGUCCCCUCACUGAUGAAGACAAGGGAGAGUUACACACCAUCCAGGACACAUUCAGCUCUAGAGUCAACGACUUCACCAUCAUCCUCUUCACUACAGAGUUGAAUCCUAAACAUCCAGCUGUUGAUAAGUUUGUAAAGGAGAACAAGAACAUCCAGGAUCUCCUCCAGAUCUGUGGAGGAAGAUAUUUUGUUCUGAACAUCAGAGACAGACGGCAGAUCAAAGAACUGAUGGAGACGCUGCAGAAAAAUGUUUCUGACAGAGAGAAAGAUUCAUCUUAUACAACUAAAACAUUAUUAUGGGGCCAAAUGGAGGAAAAACUGCAGCUACAGAAUAAACUGAAGAAGUUUGAAUCAAAGACUGUGGCUACAGAUCUGCAGCCUGUGAAACGAAGCAAAAGCCUGCAAUUUAUUCCUCCUUCCAUGUCUGAGCUCAGAGUGGUUCUACUGGGAGGAAACUGGUCUCAGAGGAGUUCAGUGGGGAACUUCAUACUGGGAUGUAAUGGAUUCACCAGAUCAUCAAACACCUUUAAGAAGAUUUCUGCUGAACUGGAAGAGAAACAAAUAUCAGUGAUCAACAGUCCAGAUGUUUCGUUCUCCACAGCAGAAAAACUGACAGAGUUCAUUAGAAAAUGUGCUGAAGUCUCUGAUCCUGGACCUCAUGUCUUCCUGUUGGUUCUUCAUCCUGAAAGUUUCACUAGAGGAGAGAAAGAUAAGAUCUGCAGAAUCCUUCAAGACUUCAGUGAUCGAUCAUUUGAUCAUUCAUUGGUUCUGAUCCUGAAGCCCGGACUGAUGGCCCGCUUCCUUUGGCAACAUCCUAUAAGGGAAGAUCUAAUUAAUGAUCUGAUCAGAAAAUGUAGAUACAGAAAUUUAAAGAUGGAGGAAACUGAACGUGAGCAGCUGCUGAUUUGCUUUGGUCAAAUUGCAAGAGAAAAUAAUGAAAAUCAUGUGAGAUAUAAAAAGUUUCAAGAAACAGCAAUGACUUUACCGUCAGACCAUCAGACUCAGAAACGACCAGCAUCCAGACUUGCUGCUGUUAAACCCAAAUCUAGAGGAGAGCAGAUUCUGCCUCCUUUAAACCUGGUUCUGUUUGGUCCAAGUGAACCACUGAAGACGGCAGCAGCCAAGGUCAUUCUAGGUCACAAGGAUCUUCCUUCAGAGUGUGUUAGAAAGCAGGGAGAGGUGUUUGGACGUGGGGUUUCUCUGGUGGAGCUGCCUGCGCUGUAUGGAAAAGCUGAGCAGGAAGUGAUGGAGGAAUCCUUCAGGUGUGUCUCCCUCUGUGAUCCUGAGGGUGUCCACGCCUUCAUCCUGGUCCUACCUGUGGGUCCCCUCACUGAUGAAGACAAGGGAGAGUUACACACCAUCCAGGACACAUUCAGCUCUAGAGUCAACGACUUCACCAUCAUCCUCUUCACUACAGAGUUGGAUCCUAAACAUCCAGCUGUUGAUAAGUUCGUAAAGGAGAACAAGAACAUCCAGGAUCUCAUUAAGAGAUGUCAAGGCCGAUAUUUUGUUCUGAACAUCAGAGACAGACGGCAGAUCAAAGAACUGAUGGAGAUGGUAGAACAUCAGAGCUUUACACAGGAUAUGUUCACCAGAGCUCUGAUGGAAAGGGUUGUAGUACAGGAAAAGUUUAAUGUUGAGCUUAAAGCUGAACUGCAGAAGAUCAAGAAGAAGAAUGAAAUGGGAAACGAUCCUAGAGAGUUGAGUAAGGAAUGCAUCAGGAUGGUGUUAAUCGGGAAAACUGGCAGUGGAAAGAGUGCAACUGGAAACACCAUUUUGGGUGAAAAACAUUUUACAUCUAAAGCCAGCGGAAAGUCGGUCACCAAGUUUUGUGCGAAAGCAAAAGGAGAAGUUGAUGGUCGGCCUGUUGUUGUUGUCGACACGCCUGGUUUGUUUGAUACGACUCUGUCCAACAGCUUAGUGGGACAGGAACUGGUGAACUGCAUCAACAUGUUGGCUCCUGGACCCCAUGUGAUCCUGCUGGUCCUGCAGAUCGGACGGUUUACUAUCGAGGAAAAAGAAACUGUGGAUCUGAUCAAGAAAUACUUUGGCAGGAAUUCACAAAAUUUCAUCAUCAUUACGUUCACCAGAAAAGAUGAUUUAAAGGAGCAAAGUUUUGAGAGUUACAUUGAAAACGACUGUGAUGACUUUGUCAAAAAACUGAUCCGGGACUGCAGGGGAAGAUGCCACAUAUUUAACAAUAAUGCCCCACAGGAUCGCUCCCAGGUUAGAGAGCUGCUGAGGAAGAUUGACUCAGUGGUCAGUGAAAACGGUGGAGGAUGUUACACCAACGACAUGUUCCAGGAAGCUGAGUCAGCAAUAAAAAUGGAGGUGGAGAAAAUCCUGAAACAGAAGGAAGAAGAGCUGCAGAAAAAGAAAAAAGAGCUGGAACAGAAACAUAAGGAAAAAAUACAAGCAAUGGAAAAAAAGAUGCAAGAGCAAAGAGCAGAAAUGGAAACGGAGAGAAAACUGAGAGAAAAACAGCUUAAAGAUAUGGUGGAAAAUAUAAAUAAGGAGCGAGAACAGAGAAAGAAAGAACAAGAAAUCAGAGAAGAAGAAGACAACAUCAGAAAGAGGCAAGAGGAACAUAAACAAAAGGAGUGGGAAGAAAAACUUGCAGAUCUUGAGAAGAAAAUAAAAUCAGAAGAAGAGAAAAAGGAAAGUACUGAUCAAGAGCUGAAGGAGAGCAAAGAAGCAAUACGAAAGGAGCGGGAAAACUGGGAGAAGGAAAGAAAUGAAUGGUGGGAAAAACGACAUCAAGAAAAUGAAGAGAGACGUCGGCAGGAGCAAGAAAAACUCAGAAAACUUCAAGAGGAAUAUGAGCUUGAAAGAGAAAAGGAUCGGAUAAAAAAUAAAGAAGAAGAUCGCAUCAGAAAGGAACGAGAAGAGAAAGAGAGAAAAGAAUUAGAGGAAAGUUAUGAGAAAAAACUGGAAGCCAUAAAAACUAAAUAUGAAGAAGAAGCCAGAAAAAAGGCUGAAGAAUUCAAUGAGUUCAGGCAGAAAUACACCCAGGAUUUUACAGCUCUGGUGGAAAAACACAUGGAGGAAUUACUGGAACUGAAACAGAAACAUUUAACACAAAUGAAAGAGGCAAUGAAUAGUCACAGUACAGAAUACAACCUGCUAGAGAAUCUGUCUCAACACAAAGAAAAACAUCUGAAAGCAGAAAUAGAAGACUUAAAGAGAAAACAUGACAAAGAAAUAGAAGAUCUGAAAAACAAUUACCAACAGACCUGUGUCAUCCUCUGAUUCUGAUUACUGAACUCCAGACUGGUUAAACUCAUCAAAACUAAACUCCAUCAGUCUGUAAAAGGACUAGAGCCACUGAUGUGGAGGUGAACGUGUUGAGGUCCCAGAUGCAGAUGUUUCCAACCUGGUUCCUUAAGAAGAGAUUAAAGUCUGUGGUAUCACUGAUCCUUCGCUUAUUUUUUACAGUUGCAAUGAGGUGGUUUCUGUACAUGUAUCCUUUAUUGUGUUAUCAAUCUUAAUCUUGUCUGACCAAAUCAAACUCCACGUGUCAUGAAUUGCGGUGGUGGAGAGGAUGAUGCUGAGAACCCGGGUAGGAGUGAAAGGAUGAUGAUUUUAAUGAUGAUGAGACAAAUAGUCCCAACAGCACAGAUGAGCAACGGCACAAGUUCUGAUACUGGUAGCAACUGGUAAAUAUCCAGGCAGCACAGGCGAGCAACAGCAAAAGUUCUCUGGCAUAGACAGAAUCGACACACUGGUACGACAAGGACCCGACAAAGACACAGUGACACGGGUGGCAUUAAAUACACAAAGGGUAAUCACGGAACAGACACACCUGGGAACAAUCAAGGGGUAGACAGGACAACACAGAGACUUAAGACACAGAAAUCCAAAAAUAAACACAGAAAAUGCAAAUCAACACGGAAAAAACCCAAUCAUGACAACAUGUUUCUGUUUUUGGUGGUAGAACUUAAAAGUAUUUUUUCUUGUUCGUGUAACCGCCAUAAUCUAUGCUGAUCUGUCUGUAUGUUUAAUGUAUUUUUGUUAGUUCUUAGAACGUCCUGUAGAGGGCACUAGACCCACAUUUCUCCUGUCUGGGUACGAGAAGAAGAGUGAAGAAGAAAUGGCUGACUAAUCACAUUUCAGCAGAAGUAGAGAAGUUACUCCGCAUCAGUUCUGCUGUGAUAUGAAAGAAAUCUGUUUAUUGUGAACUGGAUGAUGUACAUUCUGUUCUGAGAUUUCUCCGGUGAGUCUGUUGUUUUAUUUUCAGCUGCUUACUUACGCAGAAUGGCUAGCUAGCUGGAGCUAACGCUGCUCGGUUCUUUCAAACUGUUAAAAAAACAACCGGAG